AAUAUGUUUGCAAAAAAACAUAAUUUUAAUAUGUAAUUCAUUAAUUACUUCUAUUUUAAUAUAAUGUAGAAUAUACUUAUAAAAUUUAUAAAAUUAGCAAAAAAUUCAUUAUUUUGUUUAUAAUAAAAAAUUAAUUAAAAUUAAUUUAUAAUAAUAUUAUACUACUGAUUGCGAAAUUAAUCAGUGCAUUAAUGAAAAGAAUAUUUAAAUUUUUAAAAAGAUUUUGUUAGAUUUUUUCUCAACAGAUUUUGUUAUUCUAAAACUAAAAUUUAAAUUUAUAGUUAAAAUGGAUUUGUUAUUAAUAUCCUUAUAAUUAUUUAGAAAUAUUAUACAUUAAAUAAACUAAUGUAAAUAAUAAAAAAAUAUUUGAAUAUAUAGACUUAGAUUUCUAGUAUGACUAUUUUGUAAUAGAUAAAAAUGAUAAUUUUCUUUUAAUAGAGAAGAUAAUUAGUUUUCAUGGAGAACCGAAACAGCAAAAAUGACGCAGAGAAAAUAUCGUUCGUCAAAAUACCAUAUCAACAUUUCUAUUAUUAACAAAGCCUAUGCACUACACAUAAAUGCAAUAGGCACUAUUCAAUUCUUAAAAUUAUCGUAGCAAUAAAUCAAACACUAUAGAGGGAGAUAUCUUAUCAAAUAUCAUUAUCAUGUUAUCCUGCAUGUCCCCGUUAUUAUUGAUAUUUUAAAUAACACAACCUAAUUAUAAUAAACUUUUUGAAUAUUAGGGUUUUUGAGAGGAGCAAGGCCACAUUGAAUGCCACGCGGUUUUGUGUAGAGGGUAGAGACUUUUCCGUUUGCCACACAGCUGACUUUGGAGGAUUUACCUCCACUUUUGUAGUUAAUGCUUUACACAUUUUUAUUUUACUUUAUUUUUAUUUAUUAAAUACUCGAUUUUGAGAGACCCAAGAGUCCAAGACCAAGAGGGGUCAGCAUAUAUAUAUAGAAGAAGAAGGUGGACAUAGACAUUUGUCGCCAAGCUUAGCCAUUAGAUCCAUCCAAAGCUACUAAUAAGUGAGGCUAAGUUACUGUGACUCAUCAACAACUAAAGUUGUUUCAGUUUUCUUCUAUUUUCUUGGCAAAGAGUUGUGAGAAUUUAAGAAAGGCAAAAAGAGGAAAGGAGGGAUUAUUAAUUAAUUUAUUGAUUAAGAGAGGUAUCAAAAUAAUGGUGAGGCCUCCUUGUUGUGACAAAGGAGGAGUGAAGAAAGGGCCAUGGACUCCUGAAGAAGAUAUCAUUUUAGUUACUUACAUCCAAGAACAUGGUCCUGGAAACUGGAGAGCUGUCCCCACUAAUACUGGGUUGCUUAGAUGCAGCAAGAGUUGUAGGCUUAGAUGGACAAACUAUUUAAGGCCAGGAAUCAAGAGAGGCAACUUCACAGAACAUGAAGAAAAAAUGAUUGUCCAUCUCCAAGCCCUCUUAGGCAACAGAUGGGCUGCAAUUGCUUCAUAUCUUCCACAAAGGACAGACAAUGACAUUAAAAACUAUUGGAACACUCAUUUGAAGAAGAAACUCAACAAAGCCAGUCAAGAUUCUCAUCAAGAACUUGAUCAAUCAAGAGAUCGUUCCUCGAUCUCUUCUUCUCCAUCAUCUUCUUCUGCAAAUUCGAACUCUUACAUACCAAGAGGUCAAUGGGAAAGAAGACUUCAAACUGAUAUUCACUUGGCCAAGAAGGCCCUCUCCGAGGCUUUGUCGCCUGCCGUAGCACCGAUCAUUACGUCAACGUUGGCCACUACGGCGACAACAUCAUCUUCUUCUGAAUCAAGACGUUCUUCUUCCUCAACAUGCUGGUUUCUUCGGGUGCAAGAAACAUCUACCACAUAUGCCUCUAGCACCGAGAAUAUAGCGAAAUUGCUUAAAGGGUGGGUGAAGACCUCACCAAAGACUCAGAACUCCGCUGAUCAGAAGAAUCCUCCAGAUUCUGAGACAAAAGAAUUGAUGAAGAGUGAUGAUGUUCAGAAAGACUGUGCAGGGGGAUUUCAAGCAUUUUCCGGGCUUGAUCACUCGAACGAUUGUGACUCACCAUAUCAUCAGACUAAACUUUCACCUGAUCAUGAGACUAAACAAGCCAUAACUGGAUGUAGUAACCAAAGUCAAUUGUCCUUGUUCGAGAAGUGGCUGUUUGAGGAUUUUGGUGGACAGAUUGGUGAUAUUCUGUUGGAUGAAAACCCUAACUUCUUCUGAAUAACUUGGUUAAUCAGACGGUUCUAAAUUUAGGAUCCUCUUUGUUUUUUUCUUUUUCUGAUUUUUUUUUUGGGAUUUCCGAAUUAAUUUGCUUAGAUUAUCGUGAGCUAAGUCUCUAGUAAUUUUUUUUAUUUUUCUCGUUAA